AUGACAGGGACGAAGGCGGCAGGCUCAUGUAACUUGGUUAUUGGUUGUUGUGUGAUCGCUGGUGCUAGUUGUUGUGUGCUAUAUGAUUCUGGAGCGACACACUCAUUUGUGUCCAAUGCUUGUGUCAAACGUCUGGGUCUGCUGGUGUGUGAGCUACAGUUCGAGCUGGUGGUAUCUACUCCGGCGUCGAGUUUGGUCAGGACAUCGUCCUUGUGUGCCAGAUGUCCAGUGGAGGUGGAAGGGCGUAGAUACAAAGUGAAUCUGAUCUGCCUCCCUCUACAGGAGUUGGAAGUAAUCUUAGGAAUGGAUUGGCUCUCUGCCAAUCGCAUUCUCAUAGACUGUCGAGAGAAGAGGCUAUUAUUCCCCGACUCGGAGGAGCCGGAAGUGAUAUCCCAUCAGGAAGUUGCGAAUGAGGUUUAG